UAUCAGGACUCCAACAAGAUGACUCCUGGUAACAUGGCCAUAGUUCUGGGUCCCAACCUGCUCUGGACCCACUCCAACGAGAGUGGGAACAUGACAGAGAUGAUGACCACAGUGUCUCUUCAGAUAGUGGGGAUCAUAGAACCCAUCAUACAGCACGCUGACUGGUUCUUCCCUGGAGAUAUUGAGUUUAAUCUGACGGGCUGCUACGGCAGUCCCGUACACACCAACCACAACUCAAACUACAGCUCCAUGCCUUCGCCAGACAUGGACCAAUCAGAACGCAAGCUGCCGCAUGACCAUGGCAGACGCCCACUCAGCGUUGCCACUGACAACAUGAUGCUGGAAUUCUACAAGAAGGAUGGGUAGGCUGCUGCUGAGUGCAAGCUGGUCGAUCCUUCCUCCCUCAUUCUCUCUUCUCUGUCUCAAUCUCUGUUUCUCUCAUCACUC